CAAGAGUGAACUAUGUCAAAGGUUCAAGUACAGUUUAAAUUACCAUACAGACUUUGAACCAGCUGAAUAUACGGUGCAGAUAUGGCGGAGCAGGAGAAAGAUACUAGUGCGGUUCGGGAGAAUCACAGGUUUGAUGAGCGGACCUUAGAUUUGUACCUCUACAACCAUCUACAUGGGUAUAGCUCUGAAUCGUUUGCUGCUCUAGUUGUCAGGCAGUACAGAUCUGGACAAUCCAAUCCUACGUUUUUUCUUCAGAAGGGAGAUAAAAAAUAUGUCCUUAGGAAGAAACCUCACGGUCCUCUGCUGCCUGGUGCACAUCGGAUUGAGCGAGAGUACCAGGUUCAGACGGCCUUAUUUGCAGCAGGCUUUCCUGUCCCCAAGCCUUUACUGUACUGCACAAAUGUGUCAGUCAUUGGAACAGAAUUCUAUGUAAUGGAACAUGUACAGGGUCGAAUCUUCAGAGAUGUUUCGCUGCCAGAUGUCAGCCCUGCAGAGAGAGCUGCCCUGUAUGUUGCAUUGGCAGAAACCUUGUCACAGCUGCAUUCAUUUAAUAUACACAAGCUUAAUCUCUCUGGCUAUGGCAAAGGAGAGGGCUACUGCCAGAGGCAGGUGACUACUUGGAAAAAACAGUAUGAAAGAGCAGCACAUACAGAUAUUCCAGCAAUGACCCAGCUUGCUGACUGGCUGAUAAACCAUCUGCCAAGCAAUGAUAAUGAAGAGACGUUAAUACAUGGAGAUUUUCGGAUUGAUAAUAUCAUCUUCCACCCAACAGAGACUCGUGUUAUAGCUGUUCUAGACUGGGAGCUUUCCACUAUUGGCCAUCCGAUGUCCGACCUGGCUUACUUCACUUCAUUAUAUUUUUGGCCUACUAAAGUCCGAUUCUUUGGUCAACCCAGCGACAAAAUAUUUAAUGACAUAGAAGGGAUGCCAGCAUUUGAGGAUCUGAUGGACAUUUAUGCACGCUGCAAGGGUAUCUCUUUACCAGUCCCUGAUUGGAACUUUUUUCUUGCACUUACCUUUUUUAAAGUUGCUGGGAUAUUACAGGGUGUUCAUGCAAGAUUUCUUAUUGGAAAUUCCAGUGCAGAAAACGCCAGUGUAUUUGCAGAGAUGAUUCAGCCCUUGGCAGAAAAUGGUCUGAAAUUAGCAAAAAGGGAAAUUAAUCCAUUGAACACAUCAGGAGCCUCUGGAGGAGAGCUGUUCUUGCAAAGCGCCAAAGGUCAGAAGGUGCUACAGCAAGUGAAGCAGUUUAUGCAGCAGCAAAUAUUCCCAGCACAGCAGGAGGUGUUAGACUAUUAUACAAAACAUGAAAACUCACCAAAGAGAUGGAAAACGCCACCGAUCAUUGAAAAACUAAAGGAAAUGGCAAAAUCUGAAGGAUUAUGGAACUUGUUCCUGCCAUCUGUCAGUGGCCUUAGUCAGACUGAUUAUGCUUUUAUUGCGGAGGAAACUGGAAAACGUUUUUUUGCCCCAGAAAUUUUCAAUUGUCAGGCUCCAGAUACAGGUAACAUGGAAGUUCUCCACAUGUAUGGUACUGAGGAACAGAAGAGGCAGUGGCUGGAGCCUCUUCUGGCUGGACAAAUCCGGUCUUGUUUCUGCAUGACAGAGCCUGAUGUGGCUUCCAGUGAUGCUACUAACAUGGAAUGCAGCAUUAUGCGAGACGGAAAUGUCUACGUAAUCAACGGGAAAAAGUGGUGGAGCAGUGGAGCUGGAAAUGCAGAUUGCAAAGUGGCAAUAGUAAUGGGGAAGACAGAAAAGGCAUCCUCAUCCAGAUACAGACAGCACAGCAUGAUUAUUGUUCCCAUGGAGACAAAAGGCGUGGAUAUAGUUAGAGCACUGAAAGUGUUUGGAUAUGAAGAUACACCACAUGGAGGACAUUUUGAAGUUCACUUUAAUAAUGUACGGGUUCCAGUAACUAAUUUAAUAUUAGGUGAAGGGAGGGGUUUUGAGAUUGCUCAGGGACGCUUGGGUCCAGGUCGUAUUCAUCAUUGCAUGAGGACCAUUGGAGCUGCUGAAACUGCUCUACAGUUAAUGUGCGCAAGGGCAGCUCAGAGAAAGACAUUUGGAAAGAAGUUAUAUCAUCAUGAAGUGGUUGCACAUUGGAUAGCCGAAAGCCGCAUUGCUAUUGAGCAGGCACGAUUGCUUACAUUGAAAGCUGCAAGAAUGAUUGACACAUUUGGUACUGCACGUGCAAGGAAAGAGAUUGCUAUGAUUAAAAUUGCUGCACCAAGAAUGGCAUGUGAGGUUGCUGAUCGCGCAAUUCAAGUGUUUGGAGGAGCAGGAGUUUCCCAGGACUUUCCACUGGCUUUUAUGUAUGCUGCUCUUCGAACUCUUCGUAUAGCAGAUGGUCCUGAUGAAGUUCAUCUCUCAGCAGUUGCAAAAAUGGAAUUGUUAGAUCAAUCUAAACAGUUAUCUGCAAAAAUGUAACAAACUUAAAACAUUUCAUUUGCCGGAACCCUAUUUUACUUACAAAAAAAAAACAACCAAUCAUAAAUAAAUUGGUAUUUGUAAAUUAAAUGAUAAACUAAACAUAUCUGAACUGUAUAAUAAUGUAGAAAUAAUUGUUAGUAAAAAAAACUUUCUAAAUUAAUUUUUUUAAUUAUUUAGAUCACGUAUUUAUAUGUUAAUGAAUCACCUUUAAAGUCUAAGAAGUAUUUAGAAAGGUUGCUUAGCCUCAUUGAUGAAUUAAUCUUUGAAAGAAUAUGAGAAGUGAUUAUGAAAGACCAGGUGCAAAUAAAUGAUUAUAAAUAUAACGUUUUUACUUCCAAUGUUUUUUGAGCGAGGAAAAUAAAACUGAUGAUGAUUAA